AUGGCAGCCAAAUCAGGGUCGACGAUUCCGCUAUUCAUAUUUUUAGCCAUUGUGCUCCUUUUCCUGCCUUGUGCAGCCCUUGUCUUCCUAUGCCUUCGCCGGAGACAACGAAGGAGGAUCGACGAGGAAUCGAGAAAACCAGCUAUAGACGCCGUGGCCGAGAACAUGCCACCCUGGACGACACCCGUCGAGCUGGGUGACAUCCAACCACCACCACCAGUGGCAACGAUUCGUCCCAUUCGCUCUCUGCAAACAUCGAAGAACAAACGUUCCCCCCCGGUGCCCAGUGCCACUAAUAGGACGGACAGUCCGUUCAACGACCCCCGCAAGCCAACGAUUCGGAUCGCUGUCCCGAAGCCGACCGGGCCAGGCAAGGGACGCAGUGUCAAGGGGCAGACGACGGAGUAUCUUGCAGCAGGAAAGCAAUCACCCAGCCCGUAUGAGGAUCCCGCACAUUCUCCGAUCUCGUCAUACACUGCUCGCUACAACCUCCACGCGGCACUGGUGAUGGAGCAAAGUUCUGCGGUGGUGGGGACUGCUGGAGAAAGAUUGGCCUCCCUCGGCGACGCGCCGAGGGUGAAGAGCCAGGUCGUGAAGCCUGAGCACGCAACCACGGCGGCGCUUGAGAACGCUCACUUCCCGCCUGUGCCUGAUAUCGAUGCGGCGUGCGAUGCACCCCGACAGGUGCCUCAGGGGUGGGUGUGA